UUUUGAAAGGUGGGAAAACGUCGCUGACUGCUUCUCUAGUUUAACGGCCUCAGAAGGCGACGCGGACAGGCACCUGGUGACCAAUGGAGAAAUCCAAAAACUUUCGCAUCGACGCGCUUUUAGCAGUCGAUACACCCAAGGUGCAGACCUCACCGCUGGCCCUGGUGACUUCUCUGUCCUCAUCCUCCACCGCCUCAUCCUCCUCCUCCUCCAUCCAGUCCUCCGGGAGCGUGGCGGCCGCGGAGCUGACCGCCGGCGCCGAGGCUUUACGCGCUGAGGCUUUACGCACCGAGACGCCGUCCCCUCCCAGGAUUUCCACCUGCGGCCUGAUUCCGAAACCAGGUUUCCUCAACAGCCCGCACAGCAUGGUUGGAUUACACCCGCAGAGCACCGCAGGGAUCCCGGCUCAGGCUCUCUACGGCCAUCCCAUGUACACCUACUCCGCCGCCGCCCUCGCCGGCCAGCACCCUGCCCUGUCCUACUCCUACCCGCACGGCUCCCAUCACCACCACGCCAGCGACCCCAUCAAACUGACCGCAAGCACCUUCCAGCUGGAUCACUGGCUGAGGGUUUCCACGGCCGGGAUGAUGCUUCCCAAAAUGUCCGAUUUUAAUUCUCAGGCUCAGUCCAACUUGCUGGGGAAGUGCAGAAGACCCAGAACUGCUUUCACCAGUCAGCAGCUGCUGGAGCUGGAGCAUCAGUUCAAACUGAACAAGUAUCUGUCACGACCCAAGCGCUUCGAGGUGGCCACGUCCCUCAUGCUGACAGAAACCCAGGUUAAGAUCUGGUUCCAGAACAGACGCAUGAAGUGGAAGAGAAGCAAGAAGGCCAAAGAGCAGGCCGCCCAGGAGGCCGAGAAGCAGAAGGGCUCCAAGAGUGGCCAGGAAAAAUCUGACGGACUCGAUCAAUCGGAAUACCACAGUAAGACGGACUCAAAAAACGGCAGAAUAAGAGACUACAGGGACAGUGACGACGACGAAGGCGACCAUUUCCUGUACAACUCGUCAGACUGCUCGUCGGACGACGAGCGGAAUCACAACAGCGACGUCAGCCCACAGCCAUGAAGCCCAGAAUAACGGGCCCAAUAGGUCCUAAGACUUUAGGGAUUUUCGCCGUAAAACCCAACUGCAUGUUUCAAGGCCUUCUAUCACCUUAACGGAACACUUACGAUUUUUUGCUAUGAAAAGAAUAUGCUUUCGUGUCAUAAAAACAAGCAAUAAAGGAAGAGAUUGACGUUUUGUUUACUCGUAUAGGGCAUCAUUCGCUUCUCCUGGGCAGGUGCCACACUGCAUGACGCUGUUCACAGGCUCAGGAUUUGCUCUUUACCCGUUGUGAUGGUUGUUUUUUCCCCCAGCAAUAAACAUCCAGUAAUGUCCAAUAGCACAUACUUUAACUCAUUUUGCAGUUGUUUUUUUUUGUGAUGUCACACCUCCACACAGUGCGUCAUGUGAAGCAGAAAAAUCUUUAUUUUUCUACACUAUAUUUAUGAAACGCUCAUUAAGUGCAUGCUAACUUAUUGUUUAGCGUCUCUCUUUCUUCAAACAU